CCAGGGCCGCAUCAACGCACGGGCUUACCGGGGCUUAAGCCCGGGGCCUGUCACUGCAAGGGGGCCUUUACACAAACAAAUAUUCUUUUUUAAUUACGUAUUUAUUAAAAUAAUUAUCUUCGUCUCUGAGUUGUGACGCGCAGCCAGCGGUGCACUAGAUUGUGUGAAAAAAAGUGAUGGCUCCCAGAGCAACUCAAACUGCGAAAAGAGUGGAGGUGAUCGGUGGAUGCGGACAUCCUUAGCGCGGCAAUCUUCCCAUAGGUUCAUAGGCAAGUCAUUACAAAAUUAAAGACAUUUGAUUGGUAAAAUCAGAUUUUCAAUGAUUAUGCAUCAAAUUUACAAUUCAUUAUCUUCACCGUGGGAAUGUUUAUGCUGGAAAGUUGAAGAGCUGCUAAAAUCUGCUCAAAUAUCGGGUCUUCCCAAAACAUGUGAGAGUGGGGAGGAGUUACUUAAUACAAUUCCAAAGUUAUCAGGAUAUUUUACAAAAUCUGACGAAGACGGAGUUGACCGGGCCCAUGAAGUGUCAUCCUGCACAACAAUUUUAGGUUAGUUUGGUUGUUAACUUAAUGCAUUCUAAUUUUGUGUUUAAACGAACUCCAUUUUAUAUAUAUUCACUAUAAAUAAGCCAAGUUGACAGGUUCAUGUCUUAAUGAAGUGGCAAUAUGCGUCAAUUUUUUUGCGUGCUUUUAAACGCAGAUGGCUGUGAUGAAGCGCAUUUAACUGUUUCUGGAGCUGUUGAGACUGAGCAAGGAGGUACCGUUUCGGUUAAUGAACCUGAACUCGGAUCGCCUUCUGCAGUAAGGUUUUGUCAUGACUCAUGUUGAUCUCUUUGUGUAACUCGUAAUUAUUUGAUCUUGCCAUGUAGUUCGUACGGCAACUGUUUUGUUAUUAAAAAGCGUGUCUCGAGACACUUGCGUUCUGUGUUGCGCCUUUAAAAGACAUUCCUGAGCGCUGAAUCUCGCAUUUUUAUGCGCAGAGACGUGUUCCACGUAAUUCAUAGCCCCGGGGCCCAUGAAGGUCUUAAUACGGGCCUGUAUGCCACGAAUGUGUUUAUACACUUGUGUUGAGCAUGUCCUCCAAAAAAGGCCUAUAGGUCGUUUGUACAAGCGCCUUAUUACGGCUAACGGUUACGUCUUAAUGAUGAGCGCCCUCUAGCGUCAGCAGCUUAUUACGGCUAACGGUUACGUCUUAAUGAUGAGCGCCCUCUAGCGUCAGCAGCUUAUUACGGCUAACGGUUACGUCUUAAUGAUGAGCGCCCUCUAGCGUCAGCAGCUUAUUACGGCUAACGGUUACGUCUUAAUGAUGAGCGCCCUCUAGCGUCAGCAGCUUAUUACGCUCUACUGUUACGUGUUUUGCCGUUUAGGGUAUUUUAUUGCUUUAGGUUGUUCACUUUAUGCCUUUACUUCUUGGCAUUUGUUAUAAUAUCAAUAGUUUCAUGAAUAUAUAUGGUAUUCAUGAUAUUCAGUAUUCAGAUAUUUUGAAGCCCCUAAACCUAACCAGUUCUCAACCAUACAAAACAUAUUAAUUUAUUGCAUAAAUUGACCAAAAAAAACUGCAUAUUACAAAACAAUGUCAUGGAAUGCAGGAGUCAUGAGAAGAUGAUCAAAUGAUCAAACUCUGAUGACCAUUUUGAUUGUAUUGUACUUGUGUAUUUAGCAGGAUUAACUUUGUUUUUCUUUUCUUCAAAUAUACACAUUUUAAAAUGCUAAGGUAAAUUAACCCAGAAAAUGGUUUAUGUUUGAGCCAACAAUGGGUAACCCAGCAUUUUGGGUCUCAACAACCUACCAUGGGUUCAUUUACAACCAGCAAUUCUGGGUUUGUCUCUUUUUGGUCCAAUGCUGGUUUGCAAAUAGCCCGACAUUUUUAUUGUGUGAUUUGUGUUUCAUGUACAUGAUCUACGUAUGUCUAAGUGACCUUUGUUUAUUGUGAUCCUGAACGUCGGCUAAAUGUGGCAAAUAAUAACAGUUAAUCUUAGUGUAACAGGCUAUUGUAAAGUUUUAAUCUAAAACACAGAUUAUUAACUAAACUCAUCACUUCAUUUAUGUAUGUUUCGUGCUUGAGAUCGUCAUAACAAACACAUUCGUUUCUCAAUACAGAGAGAGAUCUGUUGAGACUAGAGAGCUGUAUUUAAACCAUGGAUCUGAGAUCUGACAUUUAGCCAUCUUUGGAGGAUGGAUCUUGAUUUUUUAUUUAAUAUUUUGUAUAUAAUUCAGUAUUUGUUAGAUGCAGUCAUGAGAUCAUUGUGGUUGUUAUUAUGGCACUAUACUUGAUAAAGUCAUGUUGAAUAAAAGCGAAUUAAGACUAAAUUUACAAGUACAUUAUUUUAAAACUAUCUGUUCAUUACAAAUGUAUAUUAUAUAUCUUCUCAACAUUAAAAAGCAUAAAAUACGUCAUGGCAGGAAGUGUUUGUGGUGUUAAUUUCGCAGUCUGACAGAAAACCUGCAGGACCUAUGAGCAGCAUGAUAAACACAUUAAGUGUGAAAGAAGACGGCAGAGCUGUGAAGACCAAACUGACCACCACCACAAACCCCUGAAGACCAAAAUACACAUGACACAUGAGAACUUGAGACGUGUCAGUUCUUCAGUUUAUUUUACACACAUCAUCUGUUGAUCUUUAUCUCACACCUGUUGAUCAUGAGAUUGCUGCAAGUCCCUGAUUGGUGACGCAUCCAGUACAUCUGGGAGACAUCUAUUUGAUGUCUGCAUUUACAUCUGCAAGACGUGUUUAAUUGUUUGCUCAUCUGCAAUAUGAUUCGUUUACAUGUGUGCAUUUGGCAUAACUGUACAAUAUAUUCUCAACUAACUAACUAAACCACAUUAAAAACUCGAAACACAGUGAUUUUAUCUCGUAGAAGCAGAAAAGAAAGAGGAACUAUGUCAUUAUUUGUUGUAAAUGAGCUCAUGGAAAACUGAGUCCUUUAGCAUCUCAAAGUGACACAUGACACUGACAGAUCAUUUCUACUGAUAUGAAUGUGUUGAUCAUGUGUCCGAGAGCAGAGGUGAGAAACAGCAGACCAUCUGAAAAUCAACUUUACAAUUUAUACAAUGAAAGUUCAACUUUCUUUUAUAUCAAGUAUAAAUGGAAUUGACAGUAAAACCGAGGCCUACAAUAUUCACAAUGCCAUUAACAUAAGCCUGUAUGAACAAACAUAGGCUAUACAAUAUUGUUAAUUUCACCAAAUGAUGUCAUACCAAUAUUCCUGAAUAUCAGAUUGAAUGUAUUAUGGGCAGAACACUUUGAACAGUGGCUGUUGGCGUGUUUGAUCAGAUCUGACCUAUAGGCCAAAACCCAGCAGUGGCUUUAUUUCAUCAGGCUGCUAACCAAGGAUGGACUCAACCAUUGCCCUCACACAGGCCUACUUCGUGAACCACAAGACCACGUGCAGUUUCCUGGGCUGCAGCGAUAUCUACUUGGGGUGCGAGGGUGAUUCGAGAGUACGAAAAUACUCCAUGUCUUCCUGGAAUGUAAAACCAAAAGUAAAGGGCUCCCUGGAACCUUCCAGGUGUUCCAUGAGACCACGAAGGGACACCUCCUUGUCCUCUUCGUCCAUUGCUUCCUUCGGCCUGAGACUGGUGGUCUGGAUCGUAUGUCUUAAAAUGAGUGGCUGCGGGACUGGAGAUGGAGACUAUUGGGGAAGAUGACGAUGUGCAGGGAGAGAAGCACGUGCGUCAGGUUCACCUGUGUACCCUCGCUCAUGACUCCUCAGAAAUCUUCGCCUCCUCCCUGUGCAAUUAGAGAAUUGAGAUGUCCUCAAGGAUGGCCGAGCUCGAUCGGUUUCGGGUCAUAGGAUGAAGGACCAGCGAGGAGGUAUAUUGAGAAGCACGGGAGGAGAACCGUUAGCCCAGUCCAUCAACGUUCUUUAGCAAAACAGGUGUGUUUGGUUGUGAGUUUGUGUCGGUGACUGAAGGAGAUUCUGUUAUUCUGUCUGUAAAUCUCACUGAACAUCAGAUGAAGGAGGAAAUCUCCUGGAAGUUUGGAGCUCAAGACAUUACAAUAGCUGAAACAGAGAAAAAGGGCAAGUACCCCCGUUUACAUGAAGAGAGAGCUGAUGGGAGAUUCAGAGGCAGACUGAAGCUGGAUCACACCGGAUCUCUCACCAUCACGAACAUCAGAACUGAUCACUCUGGACUUUAUACAGUCAUCACCUCAAACACAGAGACACAACUCAAUAUAUUCAACAUUACCAUCUAUGCUCGUCUGCCUGUUCCUGUCAUCAGCAGAGUCUCUCCACAAAACUCUUCAUCAUCUUCAUCAUCAGAUUGUGUUGUGUUGUGUUCAGUGAUGAAUGUGUCACAUGUGAGUGUCUCCUGGUACAAAGGAAAGAGUUUCUUGUCCAACAUCAGUGUGUCUGAACACAGAGACAUCAUCAACAUCUCUCUUCAUCUGGAGUGUCUGAAUGAUUCUUACACAUGUGUCAUCAACAAUUCCUUCACAAACCAGACUCAACAUCUCAACACUGAUGUCUGUCAAAAGUGUUCAGAUGUCUCUGAAGACUACGUCUGCAAGUGUACUUUUACUGAAGCUGUGAUCCGAUUGGUCCUCUCUGCUCUGGUGGGCGUGGCUGCUGUUGCUGUUGUGGUUUAUGACGUCAGAUCCAGAACAGAUCAACAGAAGAAGAGAUCAGAUCAGAAAAUAAGAUCAGACAUUGAGUUAAACACACUUGAUUCAGCCGGGUGUUAGGGUCGGCUAUCAUUUGAAUUUGAUCAAUUCUGAUUCUGCUUAUUGAUUUAAAUUUCAAAGUGUUAAAAAAUGAAACAUGACAUCAAACAUUACAUAUCAAGACGUAUAGUCACAUAGCAUCUUCAGCUUUGCAAAUAAUAGCCUGUGAGCAGUGUUUUGAAAAACAGAUAACUGGGUUAAGAGACCAAAUACUGCAGCCCAGUUUAACUGUAUCACACCGGCUUGUGUUCUGAAAUGUGACGUUUAAUGUCGCUGUGAUGCAUUCUUGUUUUUCCUGUUAGUGCUUGUUUUGCAUUUUGACUUGAAAUUAAAAUUGUCCUCAUUUUUUCACCCUCUUGUCAUUUUAAACCUGUUUGAGUUUCUUUCUU